AUGCGCGCAGUCACAGUCUUGACCGUGGUGGUCUGCUGCCUCAUUGGCCUCGGUCAUGCGCGUCCAAUGCAGCAAGCGCCACACACCCUGAGGAUGAUCAAGCCAAGGACAUCAUCGGUUGUGGUCGAUAUUCCUCCUGAAAUCUAUGAUCCCCUACCCCCGGCCAAGACUCGUCCCGUCAAGGGUUACGACUGGGUUCUAAGCAAUGAACACGUUCUCAUUACCACUCAAAUCAAGAGAUGGGGCAAGGACAUCAUGUUGGGACUCCAUCUUAGGCCGCUGGCUCCGGAGGCGCAAAAAUUGGCUCUCACUUACCCCACUGCGCUCCUGGCUGGACGCGAGCUGGCAUAG